CUAACCUAUUCAAACUUCUGUCUGUAAUGGCUAAUUUCUGAAAUCGAUACAUUUAGGCAGUGUGACUGCCCGACUUUGAAGAGUUUUCGUGGUAACGCCACGAAGUUCACCCCCAGAGCCAGAAUUCGACAGUUCCUCGGCUACGACUUGCCUUUCGACAGACACGACUGGAUUAUAGACCGUUGUGGAAAGGAAGUUCAUUACGUGAUCGAUUACUACGACGGAGGACCUGUGGAUCCGAAGAGCGGACGCUUCAGUAUAAUGGACGUUCGUCCGGCAAUGGAUUCUUUUCAGAACGUAUGGGACCGUAUGGUGGUUGCAUAUUGGCGAAUUCGGGUCGACGUGCUAGGGUUGGACCUUAAAGCUCGGCGCCAGGCGUAA